AUGCCACUUAAUGAAAAGCAAAAUAAAUUAAUUGGAAAAUGGAGAUUAGAAAAGAAUGGUGACAAUUAUGGAGAAUAUCUUGAUGUUAUUGAAAUUGGUAUGCUUAAGAAGACACUUGCUUUAUCUAUUGCACCUGAUGUUAUUAUAAAUGUUGAUCCAAAUGAUUGUAAUAAAUGGAAUUGUAGUGUUGUUUCACCUUUUAAAAAUAAAACAUGGAAUUAUACCUUAAAUAAUAAAGAAAAAGAUGUUACAAUUGAUGAUAGAGUUUUUUAUAUUACUGUUACAUUGACAGAGAAUGGUGAAAUGAUAGAGAAACAAGAAGUUGUAUCAAAUGAUCCAAUGACUGGGAUACCAUCAAUAAUCACAAGAUAUGUCAAUGACGAAGGUCAGUUGGUUGCUAAAUGUGAAGCCAAAGGUGUAACGGCAUACAGAUAUUAUAGUAAAGUUGAGUAA